CGCCGCGGCGCGCGGCACCCGAAAAAAAAGAACCGCGAAAGCGCGCGCGCGAACUUCACCUGUCAAAAUAAGCGGGAAACGCCAUUUAGGAAAUUAGUUUUUUUUCGUGUACCAAACUUUUGUUAAGAGUUCAUAAAGAGCUAUUAAAACUUUUCGUUAUUUCUAAGUAAAGUUAUAUUAGUUGAAAGAGUUUUAAAUGAAAUAUAAGAAAGGAACUGAAAAAAAAGUUUUCAAUAAAUUAAAUAAUUAUAAACCAAAAUUAAGUACAUAAAAAAAAUAAAUUAAACAAAAAUAACAAUGAGUUACAGUGCCAUUUACGAAAACUACACGAGCCGCUACAAAGAGUUUGAACUGGGAAAGUCGUUGGCGCGCGAAAAAGUUCCGGACGAGUGUUGCCAAGUGAAAAACGAGACUAAAACCUCUGAAAUACAGAACGAAGACAAUAUUGAAGAGGAACAUGUUCAGCACGUGUUAGGGCCUAGCAGGAGAUGCCUUGCUUGGGCUUGUAAAGCUUGUAAGCGGAAAACGGCGGCUGUUGAUCGACGAAAAGCUGCCACGCUGAGGGAACGACGAAGACUGAGAAAAGUGAACGCAGCCUUCGAGGAGUUAAGGAUUAGAGCGCGCGCCGGCAGCGGCAGGCUGCCCAAACUGGAGAUCCUGCGCGCCGCCAUACAACACAUUGAGAGGCUGCAGGCGGCGCUGAGAGCAGCCGCUGCCUUGGAGUCUGAAAGCUGCAAAGGAUACAUCGAGCCGCCCGCAGUCGUUUCCAGAGAUCGCGACAGCGUUGAAAUCAAAGCGUCAAAGGAAAAACCGUUCAUGUCCAACGAAUCCAGCAGUUGCGGCGUGAAUAGUCUAGCAAGAUUGCGAUGUAUCGUGCAAGCACUGUCAGUGCGAGACCGUAACACGUGACACAAAACAAAAGCAAAACCAAAAUUGGCGGGAACUUUUUCGUCAACUCGACCCGUUUUGGCGCGUAAACAGGCCAAGAUUACCCUACCUAUUUGCAUAGUUUUAAAAAGCCAAUGGAUCCCAUGGCUUUUGUUUUUGCGUUCAAACGUCUUUUCUGUAAAUAGUUGAUUAUAUUUUAGAUAAUAGUUGGUGACGAUUCUAACAUGAUUCUUAAAACUUAAAACUAAAUUUAACAUCAGUCUCUCCUUUUUAUUCUGUAUAGAGAAUAACAAGGAUACACUGUUAUCAAAUUUAUGUUUAGGUUUAGAGAACCGUGCGGGAAUAGAGACCAUUUUCUUGAGAUAAUGAUGUGAAGAAACUGUACUCAUAAUUUUAUAAUAUUUUUUAUGUUCGAUCUAUUGUUUAAAAUUAAAACAGUUGAACCAUUGACUGUUUAAAGGAAUUCAUAGCGGUAAACUUCUUAGGCCAAACCUAAGACAAAUGAACUUACACAGAAUACUUUUUUAUAUGUAAAAUUGCUUCUGCGCAGGCUUUUUUGUCUUUGGCCGUUUUCCAAGAAAUUUGCCAGAGAAUAUUGGCGGCGUGUAUAAAUACAGCUAGCACUUAACUAAAUUUUAUACAUAAAUUGAAAAAUAUUAAGAACUAUUAUUUAUAUAUCACUACGGGACAUUGGCGAAAUUUCUGUGUAAAACGGAAACAGUCACAGAAUAAAGAAAAAGAAUUUAUAUUUAAAUAAGUUUGCUAGAUAUUUUUCCUGUUUUUAAUUGAUUGAUUGAUUGAUUGACUAUGUUUAAGAGAAUAAAUAAAUAUAUCAGAGGCUCUUAUUUAAAUUUAAAAAUAGUAUUAUAAAAAAAAUCUAAUUUUCGGAGGCGGGUUUUAUAUAUUGUUGUUCAAACCGCCCAAAAAACGCUUCCUUAGAAUGCAUGUAUUUUUUAGGCAAGCAUGUGUUCUUUAUGUGCAAUAAUUACUAAUUUGUUAAUAAGAUUAGAAGUUUUCACUUAUCUACUUAGAUAUGUACAUUUUUUACGCUCAAAUUUUUGCUCAAGUUUUUAUGUGCAGAUGGAAUUUAUACCAACGAUACAUAAUAUUGAAAAAUAUUUAGACACAAGAAACUCUAGGUAGGUAAUAAUCUAAU